AUGCUGUAUAACAUUGCCAUGAUAUCAGAUUUCUUCUACCCUCAGCCUGGAGGGGUGGAACUACAUGUUUAUCAUUUAUCACAAAAAUUGAUCCAGCUUGGCCAUUCGGUGGUGAUCAUUACCCACGACUACGGUUCUAGAACCGGGGUUAGAACCUUGACUAAUGGAUUGAAAGUCUACUAUGUUCCAUUUUUUGUACUAUAUCGAGAAUCUACUUUCCCAACAGUGUUUUCGGCCUUUCCAAUAUUACGAAACAUUUUUAUACGAGAAAACAUUGAAAUUGUCCAUGGACAUGGGUCAUUGAGUUCACUUUGCCAUGAGGCGAUCUUCCACGCGCGAACCAUGGGGAUGAAAACCUGUUUCACCGAUCAUUCAUUGUUUGGGUUCAGUGAUGCCGGGUCGAUUUUGGGUAAUAAAGUAUUGAAGUUCACCUUGGCCGACGUGGGACAUGUCAUUUGUGUUUCCCACACCUGUAAAGAAAACACGGUACUCCGGGCAUCAAUUGAUCCACUUGCGGUAUCAGUGAUUCCCAAUGCUGUGGUUUCUGAAGAUUUCAAACCGAGCGCCAAACAAUUGAACCCCAAAAGACACCAGACGUUAGAUAAGAUCACGAUCGUGGUGAUUUCGCGACUUUUCCCCAACAAGGGCGCGGAUCUCUUGAAUGCCAUUAUUCCUUCGAUCUGUGCGAAAAAUAAGAAAGUCGAGUUUAUCAUUGCUGGGGACGGCCCACGUUUCAUUGAUUUAGACCAAAUGAUUGAGAACCAUCGAUUACAAGAUCGGGUGAAGUUGAUUGGGAGUAUCAAGCAUGAAGAGGUCCGGGAUAUCAUGAUCCAGGGCGAUAUUUACUUACACGCUUCGUUGACCGAGGCGUUUGGUACGGUGCUCGUUGAGGCAGCGAGUUGUGGAUUGUUGGUGGUCACGACAAGGGUCGGGGGAAUUCCGGAGGUGCUUCCUAGCCAUAUGACGGUAUUUGCUAACCCAUCAGUAGAAUCGUUGACGAAAAAUACCUUAAAUGCCAUCCAUACAAUCGAGACCGGUAAGGUCGAUACCUCGAAGUUCCACGAUGAGAUUAGCAGGCUCUACGAUUGGAUGGAUGUUGCCAAGCGGACAGAAAAUGUGUACAAUCAUCUAGAUUUGGCUAAGCUAAAUAAGCCAUUGGUCAGAAGAUUGAAGAAAUUCUACGUUAAAGGUCCUUGGGCCGGUAAAUUGUAUGUUCUUUGUGUGGUGGUGGAUAUCUUCAUUUACUGGUUUUUGGAGUUCUGGUUUCCAAGACAGAAUAUUGAUAGAGUUAGAAAAUGGCCCAAGAAGCCGGGCCAGAAACCUCUUGUGGCGUAG